AUGGAGCCUAUUCAGUUUCAAGAUGAAAAUGGCGGUUGUCUGACAUUGCUUGAAGACGCGGGCUACUACUUCGGUCCGAAUGUCCAGCCUGAACACAUCAUCAACCUGCAGAACUUCAAGGCCAGGCCGGAUGAUACACUAGUGGUCACUUUCCCCAAAUCAGGUGAGUUUCGUCGCGCAACCAUAAUUUUAAUAGCAUUUGAAAGACAUUGUUGGAUGAGGACAUUUCACCGGUAGCCUUCGAAGAGACUUGGACACUCUAAUCCAAAGGCGCAGACUGUACACACUUUACAACCACAACACCACGGCCCAGAUUGUACAAAUUUUACAACCACAACACUACGGCCCAGAUUGUACAAACUUUACAACCACAAAACCACGGGCCAGAUUGUACACACUUUACAACCACAACACCACGGGCCAGAUUGUACAAACUUUACAACCGAAAUCCCACGGCCCAGAUUGUACAACCUUUACAACCACAACACUACGGCACAGAUUGUACAACCUUUACAACCACAACACUACGGCCCAGAUUGUACAAACUUUACAACCACAACACCACGGUCCAGAUUGUACAACCUUUACAACCACAACUCUACGGCCCAGAUUGUACAAACUUUACAACCACAACUCUACGGCCCAGAUUGUACAAACUUUACAACCACAACAUCACAAUUCCUUAUUAUUAGGGCAAUGGUAGAUUUCGGCUCCCACAGCAAGUCCCUGCGAUUGGCCUUGGCCAAUCCUAGUCAAGCCCUAUUGUAAUUAUCUUACCACAUCCAUUAAUUACAACAGACACGAAUACUUUAUCCACAGGAACCCACUGGCUGAAUGAGAUCACAUCCAUGCUUGUCAACCGAUACCGAAACCUGUCCCCGGACACCAUGAAACACUUGGAAUACCUGCCCGUGGACGUCUUGGAUGAGCUCCCCUCACCCGUAAGCUGAAAACUCGGAAACCCGCGUUCUAAAGAAUUAAAAUUAUAAACUCACAAUAAUGAAUCAAUUUAUCGGAAGUAUGCAAUUAUGAAACGAACCAAGUCUGAGACGAAUAGGAAAAAUCGGCUAUGAGUAUUGUAUUUUUAAUUAUGAUUAUUUGUUUGAAAUAAUAUUAUUUUAUUCUUUCGUUUCGAUUCAUUUAAAAAAAAAAUAACAGUAUCUAUUAUUGUAUUUUUGCAUUUUAUUUUUAUUUUUGUCCCCGAAAGCGCGUGUUAUGCACCCACCUGCCUUAUCCCAGAAUCCCCCUGGACUUCCUCCGGAAGCGCUGUAAGAUUAUCGUCUGCUUGCGCAACCCGCGAGACAUCGCUGUGUCCUACUUCAAGUUCAUCACCAAUCUCAAAGCCUGGAACUAUUCAGGCUACUGGGACGGAUUUUUCCAACUUUUCCUCAACGGCAAUAGUGAGUACUUUGACUAGCGCAUCAACUUGACUCAUCAGAUCAACUUGACUUAUUAAAUCAAAUUGACUAGAAAAUUAACUUGACUUCUUAAUUUAACUUGAAUAGUCCAUUUAACUUUACCUACCAAAUCAAAUUGAGUUAUCAAAUCAAAUUGUCAUAAGAUCCAUUCAACUUAUUAGUUCAACUUGUCUUAGCAAUUCAACUUGACUUUGCAAUUCAUCUUAACUUAUCAAUUCAACUUCAUUGAUCAGUUCACUUUGCAAUUCAUCUUAACUUAUCAAUUCAACUUCAUUGAUCAGUUCAUCUCCACUUAUCUAAUUUACUUGACUGAUACAUUUGAAACUCUUGAAAGUUGUUGCUGUUUACAGGGCUAUGAUUAUUUUAACAUUUCUUGUUUCCUGUUUCAGUUCCUUACAACAGUUGGUUCGAACACACUGACACGUGGCUCAAAGUGGCCAGGGUCGGCAAACACAAUGUUCACGUGGUUUUUUACGAAGCCUUCCAGGCAGUAAGUGAACGCACUAAGUUCUUUUAUCAUUAAACUCAUUGACUGCCCCAAAACAAAUUCCUAUUUGUUCUUUCACAAUACAAUACAUAAGUUUUAGCCUUAAAUUUCACCUGGAUGUCCCCCCCCCCACCCCCGAUGUUCCCCCACGUUCCCUCUUACAUAAUUUAUGUUUAACCCAAGGAUCCACUUGAUUCUUUUCCAGGACUUCAAGACUGCUGUCACGCAGUUGUCCGACUUCCUCGGCAUCAGCCACACGGGAGAAUUUAUAGACGAUGUCCACAGAGAGACCAGCUUCCAGAACAUGAAGCAGAACAAGGAGGACUACACCCUCGUGCUCAGCAAAGACGGAAAGUCCCCCAUCUACAGGAAAGGUUGGUUGGUCUUUUCUGAUCCACCACCAUGAUGCGUCUUGUUUUUAGAUCAGAUGAUUUUGAUGUGUUUUUUUAAUUUGUUUUUUUUUUAAGGCAUUGAAGGAACAAAAUCCACUGAUUCAGUAAUGUUAGUAGUAGUUUCUAAAAGCUGAGUCACAUUCCAGAUAUUUGCAAACAACAAGUCUUUAUUAUAGGAUUGCCUCGACAUUUUACAUUACUGAUUGCAUUCAAGAGCUGUGUAAGGGGAAAAAAUAUGAAAGAACACAAUUUAUAUUCUGUAUACAACUUCUGAAAGAAUAGUGCCCCUUGCCCCCCCCCCCCACACACACACUUUUCCACGAAAAACCCUGCAGUAGGCCCGAAAUGCCGCCAACCAAUAUAAGAACACACACUUUUCCACGAAAAACCCUGCAGUAGGCCCGAAAUGCCGCCAACCAAUAUAAGGAAAAAUAUACCGCACUCGGACCCCCCCCCCUCCCCCACUCCUUCCACGCCACCUCUUACGCCCCUGAUAAUUAAAUCUCACUCUGAGAGUUAAGUCAACCGUUUCAUUCUUUGACCUAUAUCAUCUUUUCCAUAGGGGAAGUCGGCGACUGGAUGAAUUGGUUCACGCCCGAACAGAUCCACUUAAUGGACCAGGAGAUGGAGGCCUGGGGCCUGCACCUGGAGCCCAGGAUCAUGUACACCCUGGACACGGAGGAGGACUCCGGAUCCACGUGAUGCACCAGGUCUGAGACACCCCACCAAAAAUAGGUCUCCAAACAUGAUCGCCAGUUUGCAUUCAGUUUGUCGUUAACUUUAACGCUCUCUGACAUCUUGCACAAAACAAGAAAUGCAAAAAACAAGGACCUUUACAACAAACAAAACCAUUUGGCGGAACAAUUGUUUUGAAAAGACGCUAUUUAAAAUACCAUACAAUGCACAAAAAAAUCAUUUGAUGUAAACAAGAACAGCCAUUGACAAGACUUAGUGGCUGAGAUUAUUUCAUUUAAAUAUAUGACGUCAGUUUGGGUUUCAUAAAGUUACCUCCUUACCCUGCCGGAAGUGGUCAUUGGUGUUUUGUCCCACGCCAGAAUGAACUGUUACACCACCAUGACCUUCCCCGGCAGACGUGACUUCUAUUAUACUUCUUAUGUACAUGUAUGUGUGUAUUAAUUUAUGAUUUUAUGUAUGGUCGCGUCUUGGCAGCAGGACUUGUGAUAUUCUCUCCCCCGUCUCCUUGUGUCACACAUAAUCGGGGAUAUUCAUUCACACAGUUCGCUGCCAUGGCCAAUGGUCAGAAGACGUAAGACUUGGUGAAAGCGCGAGGCAAGCUCGAGUCGAGGCUCAGUUGCUCGUGCAGUUAUGACGGAUUCGGAUAAUUGUAAAAUUCAUUCGGGAAACAGAAGAAUAUCAAAACUGUAG